GCGCAGGGCGUGCCGGUGCCGCAGCACCGUUGCGGGCGGGGCGCCGGUGCCGCCAUGUCGGAGCCGGGGGCCGCGGGCCCAGGGCCGGCCGCCAUCCAGGUCUCCAGGAUCAUGCGCCCAGAUGAUGCCAACGUGGCAGGGAAUGUGCAUGGGGGAACCAUCCUGAAGAUGAUUGAGGAGGCGGGAGCCAUCAUCAGCACCCGCCACUGCAACUCCCAGGCUGGGGAGCCCUGUGUAGCCGCGCUGGCGCGGGUGGAGCGGACGGAUUUCAUGUCCCCGGUGUGCAUUGGGGAGGUGGCCAACGUCAGUGCUGAGAUCACCUACACCUCCCGGCACUCUGUGGAAGUCCAGGUCAACGUCAUGUCUGAGAACAUUCUCACAGGGGCAAAGAAAGUGACGAACAAAGCGACACUGUGGUAUGUGCCACUGUCCUUGAAGAAUGUGAACAAGGUCCUUGAAGUACCCCCCAUCCAGUAUGUGAGAAAGGAGCAGGAGGAUGAGGGGAGGAAGCGCUACGAGGAACAAAAGCUAGAUCGUCUGGAAACCAAGCAGAGGAAUGGUGAUGUGAUCUUCCCUAUCAUCAACCCAGAUAGGCAGACAAAAGAGCCACAUACUGUUGGCUACAGCCAGUCCAGCUUGAUCCACCUGGUGGGACCAUCAGACUGCACACUGCUGGGCUUUGUGCACGGAGGUGUCACCAUGAAGCUCAUGGAUGAGGUUGCUGGGAUUGUGGCUGCCCGCCACUGCAAGACCAACAUUGUCACCGCCUCAGUGGAUGCCAUCAACUUCCACGAGAAGAUCAAAAAAGGCAGCGUCAUCACCAUCUCGGGACGCAUGACCUUCACAAGCAAUAAAUCCAUGGAAAUCGAAGUCUUCGUGGAUGCUGACCCCUUCGUGGAUGAGAGCCGGGGGCGGUACCGUGCCGUCAGCGCCUUCUUCACCUACGUCUCUCUGAGCAAGGAGGGGAAGCCACUGCCUGUCCCGCAGCUGCUGACGGAGACAGAGGAGGAGAAGCGGCGCUUCGAGGAGGGCAAGGGCAGGUACCUGCAGACCAAGGCUAAGCGGCAGGCGCAGCUGCAGCAGGCUGCCCAGCAGUGACCCCAGCCCGCACUCCCGCUGACGUCGCCUGCCAAACAUCCAGGUUCCUGUUUAUGUCGUGUCCGGUCCGCGCCAGGCCUCGCGCCUUCGCCCGCCCCAGCCUGCUGCCGGAGCUGCUGCGGUUGCUUCGCUGCUCAUUGGUUUAGUGCCCUAGACCUUGUGCUUUAGGUGGCUUGAGCGCCCCGAAACCCUCCGGGAGCCUGCCCCGGUCGCUCGCCGUUUGCCUCUGGAGCCCCCUCCUCACCGUUUGGUCCCUCAGCAGAGGUCCUGCCCUCGCUGGCGCGAGGCAGAGGCGCGUGGUGGCACGAGGGACGCGCGAGGCCGCGAGUUGUUGUGAUGCUGUGUUGAACUUGCCAGUCUGUCCUGAAACUGCACACCAAAGCUUACCGGCGGUGCCCGCGCUGACGGUCGCGCCCGGUACCCUACUGAAUGUCUCGAACCGUUGCGUUGACACCUCUAGGUAGUUUCUCUGUGCACAUCUAAGUUAUUUAAGGAUCCGUGGCAUUAAUAAAGUCUGUUUGUUGUGGACGGGAAGGAAAA